UUGUAAAGACUCCUUUUACAUCUUACGCAAACGCCACCGAAUCAGGAACCAAAAAUAGAAGAAAGCUGCAAGAUCGAGAACAAGAACCAUCGAUGGCGGAUCAAAACCGAUCAGAGGAGAAGAAGGUGAAAUCGCCUAAAGUGUUUGAACGAGUCAAAGAAGAAACAGAAGCAAUGGGUCAUCAUGAAAAGUCGAAGAGUCGUCACCAUCACAAAGAGACUCAUGGAACAAGUGACGAUAUUGAUCAGAACACUCCAAUUGAUUUUGUGAAGGGACCUGGUUUCUUUCAACGAGUCAAAGAAGAGAUCGAAGCCAUCUUUAAUGCUGUUACUCCCAAGCGUUCUUCAAAGAAGUGAACUUUCAUUAUAUCUGUGUUUGAGUGUAUAUAUGUUCAUGCACAAGUGAGAAGAAGAUCUAGAUAAACCCAGUUUCGUGUAAUGAAUCGUAUCAGAAUGUUGGACCUCUAAUAAUCUUCAUUAGUUCAUGACAUUUGCAAAUGUCAUAAUUUCUGUGAAUUCGAAUUGAGAUCGUUAUAAGUCGUUGGUCUAACAGAUGGUCAAUAAGGUGAAGUCUGGUUUAGGACUUAUAAGGAAAGAGGAGUUUUGCCGGUUUGAAGUAAACCGAGUUUCUUAGUCAUUGUACUCUGUUUUGUAACUUUAUUUGAAUUGAUGUCUCUCACGGGUUUGUGAGGUGGUGGUGAA